GCAAUAUGGACGUGAAUCUGUCAGAUGCAGUUCGCGGACAGAUGUGGUAACCAAAAAUGGUGACAAAGAUUACCUUGCGUAUAAUUCGACAAAUGAACUUUCGUUAUGGAUGUCGAAGUAUUUAAAUCAGUUUUAAUUAUUGGUUGUAAUCGUGGUCUUGGUUUAGAGUUAGUACGUUAUCUACUUAAUGUAGAAAAACCUCCACAAUUUAUAUUUGCAACAUGCCGUGAUCUGGACGCAUGUUCAGCCCUCAAAGCUUAUAAUGUUUUCUGGAAUAAACGGAAAACCAAAGUAAAAGUAUUACAACUUGAUGUUAACAAUGACAGUGAAAUUGCAGCUGUUGUAAGCAACAUCGAACAAGAUUUGGCUGGUGUUGGUUUGAGCGUUCUCAUAAACAAUGCAGAGCGUCACACAAUAAAAGAUUUGGACACAUUAUGUCGUGAAGAUAUGCGAAAAACCUAUGAAACUAACGCAGUUUCGCCAAUCAUGAUUGCAAAGGCAUUCCGUUCAAUACUUUGGUCAUUUGUUUUGCAGAGCUCAAAAGACGUUCAGCGCGAACGUAACGCAGUCAUUGUCAAUAUAAGCUCAGUAAUGGGAUCAAUUUCAUGCAAUAAAAGAGGAGGUCAGUAUCCUUAUCGAACCAGUAAAGCAGCUCUUAACAUGGCAACAAGAUGUCUGAGUGCUGACUUCAAAGAAAAUAAGAUUAUUGUUUUUUCUUUACAUCCAAGAAACGUACCAAACAAGAUGGAAAAGCCACUCUCUUAUAACAUAACUGCUCCAGGUAUAAUUAAAUUCAUAUCAACAGCAGACAUUUCUAAAAGUGGUGGAUUUUAUGCAUAUGAUGGCAUGCCUCUUCCUUUUUAAAUUUUCUUGUUUGUAUAAAUUCAUUUAAUCUGUGAGAACUUUGAAAGGAAUUUUGAUUAAAGUGUGGAAUCAUAA